AUGAGGCUGCGCUACGCGACCGCCUCCUCGCCGCCGUCCAACAGUUCGAGCUCGGCCAGCCGCCUCCGCUCAAGUCGCUCCUCUCCGACGUUGGCCGACCUCCUGCUCGUCGGUGGUGUUCUCGCCUUGCUCCGCUACAGCCUCUUCUCGCAGUUCGACCCUGGCAACGCAAAGGCGGCCCGGUAUUGGCCGUCGGCGGGAAACUUGCAGCGGCUUCCAUCGUGGGGCGGCGGCGGCUGCGACGACACCUCCUUCUCGGUGCCCAAGGAGUUCUCCUGCCCGAUUUCUUUGGAUUUGAUGCGCGACCCUGUGGUGGCGUCCACCGGCCAGACGUAUGACCGGCCAUCAAUCAUACAGUGGAUCGGGGAGGGCCAUUCCACCUGCCCAAAUUCAGGGCAGGCACUGGCAGACAACCGCCUUGUGCCGAAUCGUGCACUCCGCAGUUUGAUAUCACAGUGGUGUGGGAUGUAUUGUUUCCAGUAUGAUUCCCCAGAGAGCAACGAGGGGAUGGCCGAAUGCGUCGCCACCGCGUGCAGCAGCAAGGCGGCAAUCGAGGCAAAUAAAGCCACAGCCAGGAUUCUGGUCAGGAUGCUGGUGGAGAGUUCAGAUAGCUCAAAGGCAGUCGCUGCCAAGGAAAUUAGGUUGCUGGCCAAGGCUGGGAAGCGGAACAGAGCGUUCAUCGCCGAGCUCGGUGCAAUCCCGUUGCUCUGCAGGCUGCUCCUGUCAUCAGAUCAGAUUGCGCAAGAGAACGCAGUGACGGCGCUGCUCAAUCUCUCCAUUUACGAGCCGAACAAAACGCGGAUUAUGGAACAGGAGGGUUGCUUGUGGCUUAUCGUCAGCGUGUUGCAGAAUGGCUGGACUACAGAGGCCAGAGAGAAUGCAGCAGCAACUCUGUUUAGUCUCUCCGUGGUCCAUGAUUACAAGAAGAUGAUCAUGAAUGAGCCAGGGGCUCUGGAGAAGCUGGCUUGUAUGCUGAAAAAAGGGACGCCAAGGGGGAGGAAAGAUGCAGUGAUGGCACUUUUCAACCUCUCAACUCAUGCAGAAAGCUCAGCUCGGAUGCUUGAGUCAAGUGCAGUUGUAGCUUUAAUCGAGUCACUGAGGAACGACACCGUGUCGGAGGAAGCUGCUGGUGCUCUGGCUCUGCUCAUGAAGCAGCCUUCUGUUGUGCAUCUUGUUGGGAGCUCUGAAACUGUGAUCAGUAGCCUCGUUGGAUUAAUGAGACGGGGAACUCCAAAGGGCAAGGAGAAUGCAGUGUCCGCUCUAUACGAGAUAUGUCGCCGUGGUGGCUCAGCAUUGGUUCGGAGAGUAGCAAAGAUUCCGGGGUUGAAUACAGUAAUACAGAACAUCAUGCUCACUGGUACAAAGCGCGCCAAGAAGAAAGCAAGCUUGAUCGUCAAGAUGUGCCAAAGAAGCCAAAUGCCGUCAGCAAUGUCGCUAGGCACUAGCUUGAGGGUGGUUGAUCAUUCUUUGGUAGGUAACAGCUCAUUGAGGCGUGCUGCGAGCUUUGGCAGUGGAGAGUUGUCGAAUCCCGUUUCGAUAUCAGUGCACGUGCCCUAG